GUCUGAUUCUUUGCAUAAGCUUUGGUAGGCAUGGUGGACUUUCCAUUGCGAGGACCCUCGCUAUUGGCCGAAGAGUGGAGCGCACUGGUGGGACGAGUUUGCAGUGAAGGACGCGGCGGAGGGGGGGAUGCAUGCAGCGAUGUGGUGGGAGCUUCACGGUGGUCAGGAGCUGAGACUGCAGACGAUUGCGAAGAGGGUUUUGGGUAUGUGGUCCACGGCCAGUCCUUGCGAGAGGAACUGGUCCACCCACGAUUUCAUCCACAUGAAGAGGAGGAACCGCCUUUCUGCAGAGAGUGUCGAGAAGCUGGUUUUCAUUCACUGGAACUUGCAGCUCCUCAGUGCCAGCAGGAGGACGGACAGGCGGUACAUUGAUGUGUGGGAGAACCAGGUGGAGGACCCCGCGGAGGAGAUCGAUGGUGACGACAGUGUCCCCGCAGAGGUGCCAGAGGAGGAGUGGGAGGAGAUCGACAGGAGGAAUGGGAGGAAGGAGGGUCGUAAUCGAUUUGGGAAGGGGAAGGCACCGAUGGAGGAUGAGGAUGAGGAUGAGGAUGCACAGAGAGAUGAUGGAGGCGCAGCAGGAGCGGAGAGACGCAAGCCUCUACGGGGGAGGGUUGGGGGUCGGCUAGAUUUUGAGGAGCUUUUGACCAGGGAUGGCGAGACAAGCGGCACAGAGGUAGGGCAGGAGGAGGAGAGAGGUCAGCACAUUCCACAUUCGUCGAUUGUCGGAGAGGGAGGACAUACUGGGGGUGUUCCAGUUGAUGCACGUACGUCGGCUCCUACAACACCCCAUCACGCUGCUGAGAGGAUUUUGCGAGAGGCAGAGGAGGAGAUGAUUGGGAGGGAGGGUCAUCAUGCGGAUGAGAGGCUGGAGGACACACACCACGUGCGGCAGGUCGCUGAGCAGGUUGUACAUCGAGGCGGCGGUUCACAGAGCAUCACUCAGUCGGUUGUCCAGAGGUUCGUGCUACGUGGCGGGGAUGGUGAUGGACUGGUGGCGGGCGGAGGUGGAGAGCGUAGGGUCAGUGACGUCAUUCGUCCUACAAUGGUUCAGACCUCGGAGCAGAGGAUUGGUUGUGUUUCCUCAGCGCACGUGAGCCAGAGGGUGGAUGAGAGGGCGGACUCAUUACCAGCGUCUGUCGCAGAGCUUGGUGCGGAGCAGAGGGUGGAGCAGAGGGUAGAUGAGAUGGUGCAGGACAGGGCGGAGCAGAGGGCUGACCAGAGGAUUGAACACCGGAGAGAGCGGAGGGAUGGACACAACUUGGAGGUUCAGGUGGACGUUACCAUGGACGAGAGCGUAGUUCGACGGAUGGACGACAGGGGCAACGAGAGGAGGCGUGUAGCAUCUACACGCGAGAGUAUGAUCCAGAGUGAGGGUGCUCAAGUUGCUACAGAGCGGGGGGGCGGGAGGGAGAGUGAUGUUAGACUGCCGACUGCCUCAUUCUAUGGGAUUCCGCCCAUGCCCACACGCGCCACACCAUCACCCGAUGCAGCAAGUGUUCAUCUUCUCGGCAGAUCGACGACAGUUGGACAUCAUGGUGGUGGCACUUCAUCUCCCGUAGUGUCCCCUGGCAGUUCCCUACACCACCCCCCAUCGGUGACUUUACAACGCCCGGCUGCGCACGCGAGUCGAGCAUCCACUUCGUCAGCGACGGCUGCCCCUCCUGUGCGUAGUCCAUUAGGCAUGCCACCGCUCCCUGCACGACUUCCAUCAGCAAUUGUUGAUAAUGUGAAGACAAGUCGUGCAGGCAGGAAGAGGAGGAGGGAGGAUAAAGGAGACGCAUUACCACCUCCUCCACGAUCGCAGGGUGGCACAGGCAGACCUCGUGAUCGCCCGCAAGGCUCAGGAUCAGGCAGGGGUCGAGGCAGGGGUCGUGAUUCAUGGGCGAUGAGUGCAUUGGGGGCAAACGACGCGGGUGAGGACGAUGUUGGGCAGGGCACCACUACAUGCACUGAUGUGACGGUGGGUGUUCGCACGAGGUCUCAGGCCUCAAGUGGAGUUCGCAGUACGACAUCCACUCGUAUCAUUGACGACGAUUCAGAUGCCGCCUCAAGUGAUGGCCUUUCUGGUAGUGACUACGUAGAUGAGAGGGAUAGUGAGACUCGUGCCCGGGGAGAGGACUAGAGUGGACAUGACGAUAGCUCAGAUGGUAAUGGGCACGAGGAGGACUAGAGGGAUGUUCACUACUGAG